AUGUCAGAUAUAAGCGCUUCCGAAUACAUAAGCCAGCAGAAUGCGCUCGAAGAUGAGGCACGUGGGUUGAUGCCCUGGAACCCUUCCCAUUGUACGUAUGCGGAUGGCAGUUUGAGACAGCCUAUAUUUGCGUGCUUGGACUGCGGUGAGAUCGGUGUGUGCUACUCUUGUUCGAUCCAAUGCCACGCAGAUUGCCAUCUUGAAGAGCUGUUCACUAAACGUGGUUUCACCUGUGACUGUGGAACAGAGCGACAAGAAAGUAAAAAGGGCGAAUUUUGGUGUCACUUACGACAAAAUUUAGACCGUGAUGUUCCCAGUUUAUCUAACAGGUACAGUCAGAACUUUAAGGGACUUUUCUGCGAUUGCCACAAUAAAUACAAAGCCGAUAUUGACAGCACAAUGAUCCAGUGUGUUUUGGGACUUGAAUGCAAUGAAGAGUGGUACCAUUGCUGUUGCAUACUCAAGAAACACGACCAUGCACGCCAUUGUUUGCAAAGCGCAAUUCAAAACAACCAAGUUCCCUCGGAAUUUCCAGCAAUUGAUUAUUUCGAAGGUUUCAUAUGCUGGAAAUGCGUGAGUCGCUAUUUUACCGUUUUUCAAGCCUUAAUGUCUCACCACCGCUCUAGCGAUGUCAUUGCUCACAAGGUAGCACACUUAACUACUUUUGAGCCGCUUGGAAGUGAGGACGAGGCGCCCAGUUUAUCGAAAAAAAGGAAACGCGAUAGCAACACAGAGCAGCUUUUUUCUAUAAUGCUAAAAAGUGGAUAUGACAAAGUAUUACUGGAGAUCAAAGAAGAUUUGGAGAAGACUGAUAAACUUUACGUAUUCCUUCAAGAUAUUGCACCAUUUUUGAUCAAUGACGAUCCUGUCUAUGAGUUUCCGGAAGAUUCUGACAACGAUAUUUCAACAUAUGAAUUGGGCACAAAAGCGCUAAACACAUCUCUUGAUAGAGAUACGGCAGUGGCUGGGAUACAAGCGAUGGAUGAUAUUAAGAAAAAACUCAGCGAUUUUUUGAGACCUUUUGCUGAGGCCGGAGAAGUCGUGAAAGAGGAAGACAUAAGGAACUUUUUUGAGCUACAGAAGGGAAAGCCUAAAAAUAAGUAA